AUGAAAUCAAUAAUAAAUUUUUUUAUUUUUACAACGAUAUUUUAUUUUCCUGUUCAAGCAUUAAAUUGCAAUGAUAAUCCUUGUGAUUUAGGUGGUUAUUUUAUACAAGAGAAAGGAUAUCAAUGUAUACAAAUGAAUACAGAUGUAUUAUGUACAUGUCCACAUGGUGGUUACGAAAUGAAUCAACCAUGCCGUGUUUGUAAUCGAGUAAAUCCAGCAAAUAAUCCAUGUCAUAUUUCUUCAGCUUUCAUUGCUUGUCUUGAAACAAAUGAUUAUGGUAAAACAUUUGCAUGUUUAUGUUCAACUCCAUCUGGACCUGUAGCAACAACAUCAAAUAAUUGUGAUUCAACAGUUACAACAACAACAACGAGUACUUCAAUAACACCACUGACAUGUUCGAAUGGAGGGUAUCUUGUAGAUGGUAUUUGCCAUUGUCCAAGUGGUUAUGGUGGAAUAUCUUGUGAACAAAAAUAUGAUGAGAAAUUAUGUGAAAAGAUUAUUUGUAAAAAUCGAGGAGUUUGCGCUAUUCGAAAUCCAAAUGGACCUUAUGAAUCGGUUUGUCUUUGUCGAUAUGGUAUUUCGGGUGAUUAUUGCCAAUUAAAUGGAACAUUAGGAUUUUGUAUGCCUAAUUUCUGUUUGAAUAAUUCUCCUUGUAAAGAAAAUAUUAUUGGAUUGACACGUCAUGCAUAUUGCGAUUGUCAACCUGGUUACAAUGGUCUCAAAUGUCAAAAUCGUAUAUUAGAAUGA